AUGGGGAACUUAUGCAACUUACAGUCCUUAAUUUUGGAUGAUAAUUUCAUCAGUGGAGACAUUCAUGAUCUUGUUGAUGGAUUUUCUAAAUGCAGGGUGAACAAAGAUGGUUCUGCUUCAGAAAGUAGUGGGGGUCUACAAGAAUUGAGUUUGAGAAACAACAGGUUGAAUGGAACAGUUCCAGAGAAAAUAAGCCAAUUAUCUAAACUGGGUAAACUGGAUCUGUCUUCAAAUUCUUUGGUGGGUCUCUUAACUGAAUCUCAUUUUGCUAAUCUAGCAAAUUUAGAUUUUGUGGGGUUCUCCUACAACUUGUUACAACUGAAUGUAAGUGAGAAUUGGAAGCCUCCUUUUAACUGCAGUACUAUUAGAAUGUGUUCUUGCAAACUAGGCCCUGUUUUUCCCAUCUGGCUUAAAACUCAGAUAAAAUUAAAUGACCUUUGCUUAUCAGAUGCUGGCAUUUCAGGUAGUGUCCCUGCUUGGUUUUGGGAUCCGAGUUUUGUUACUCCAUCAUUACUCAAUCUAUCACACAACAGUUUAGAGGGGAUGCUGCCAACUUUGAAAACUCAUGGGUUCACUCUCCUUGAUUUAAGUUCAAACAAAUUUGAAGGCCUAUUACCUGAGUUUGAUCCCACUUUAUUGCUUGUUAUAUAUCUCAACAACAACUCAUUCUCUGGGUCUAUUCCUUCUUACUUUGCUGCUGCUACUCACAUUCAAGUCUUCUCUUUAUCUGAUAAUCAUAUCAAUGGCAGCAUUCCGUCAUUCUUCUGUAACCUUACAUACUUGACAUUGCUUGAUGUAUCUAAUAAUGAUAUGUCUGGAGGACUUCCCCACUGCUGGGAUCCAACAUCGAACUUGGAAAUUAUUGAUUUAUCGGACAAUAAUUUCACUGGUAAAAUUCCUGAUGGCCUUGUGUCCUUCACUAAUCUCCGAUCCUUGCAUUUGAGAAAGAAUGGCUUUUCUGGAGAUCUCCCCUUGUCCUUGAAAAAAGCCAAUAAGUUAGUCACACUGGACUUUGGUGAAAACAAACUAUCAGGUAGCAUACCAACAUGGAUUGGAGAAAACCUUUCCUCUUUAAUUGUGCUUUGCUUGAGAUCAAAUUUAUUCGAAGGCAUCAUCCCGGAGCAAAUAGCAAAGCUCUCCUCUCUUCAGAUCCUGGAUCUUGCACAUAACAACCUUUCAGGUUGCAUUCCUCAUUCUUUUGGAGAUUUCAAAGCCAUGGUAGUCACAACUACUCACAAUGGAUGGUGGUCUUUAUUCUCCAUUUUAAGUGAUAUCUAUUAUCCUUGUUCUAUGUGCGGCCGUGUUCCAUAUAGCAAUUUUUCAUACUCGGACUCUCUCUUGAUAACUACAAAAGGCCUCCAAAUGGAAUACACCAAGCUUCUAUCAUUAGUCACAAGCAUAGACUUAUCAAACAAUAAGCUGUCCUGUGAGUUGCCUGAAGAAUUGACAAGACUACAUGGGCUGCAUUUCUUGAAUCUUUCUUACAACCAUUUUAAUGGAAAGAUACCAGAAAGCAUCAGUGACAUGGAACAGCUGGAAUCACUUGAUCUAUCAGACAACAAUUUAUUUGGUACUAUUCCUUCAAGCAUUUCUACUUUGAACUUCUUGAGCCAUUUGAACAUAUCACACAACAAUUUGUCAGGAAAAGUUCCAUUAGGUGGCCAACUUCAAACUUUCGAUCCAUCAGCCUAUAAUUGGAAUCAUGAUCUCUGUGGAUCACCUCUUCAAAAUUGUGCUAAUGAAACACAGAUUUCCCUAGGUGCAAACAAGGAAGAAGGAAAAGGAGAAGGAAAAGGAGAAGGAAAAGGAGAUUGGUUAGAGAUGUUAUGGCUUUAUAUAGGUCUUGCCAUGGGAUACAUAACUGGCUUCUGGAUGAUCAUUAGUAUCAUAAUGAUCAAGCAAACCAUAAGAAUUGCUUAUUUUCGAUCUAUUGACAAAGUAUAUGAUUGUCUAUAUCUGAAGAUGCUUAUGUACUCUCGGAGACUCAAAUCAACUUUCCCAAGGAGGAACGAAGCUCAGGCCUGA